AUGCCAGCAAAACGAGGAAAGAAAGCGAAACCCCAAUUGUACAGCCAUAUUGGUUCCGCUAUCAUUCCACUAGCAAGUAUAGUUGCUGUUCCAUCUGCUAGUCAACAUUUUCCACAACAAAAGAUACAAGCCCGUGAAGAAUGGGGUCCGAUAGCAUCUACUCUACUACGUGCUUCCGCUACAGCUCACAUGCUUAUCCCAUCGUCAUCAUCGAAGACUUCUCUAAACCAAGAAGAUGACGACGACGAUGAUGAGGAUUAUCAACCAACGUCGAGACGGACAGCCAUUGGACGAAUGGAUGCAAGUACUUCAGAUGAAGAUGAAAGUGAUGAUGCAAAAUAUUCGCGCAAACAUCAAGAUUCACUUCAUGCAUCUACUAUUAGAAGCAGUAUAUCUCGAGCAGUAUCAAUAUCCGAUACUGAAAAACGUCUCUUUGGUCACGUGAUCAAUGAUGAUGCACCAACAUCAACCGAAACAAGAACUAAUCAUGAUCCUAAUUCAUCGAAUCAGUUGGAUCGAAAACAAUCGGUGAAUGCUGAACAAUCCCACUCCGCAACAGCAACAACAACAACAACAACAACAACAACUACUACAGAUAACAAAAAUGUUAAACGAGCAUCAGUUACUAUUGUGAAACAAACAGUGCCUCCUUUAGUUUCUAACCCAACACCAAGUCGAGUAGGUCCGUCACCAGCAAGGAGUAACAACCAAGCCGAUGAUAUUGCCGAUGAAGCCAAAUCAAUAACAACAACGACAGCACGUUCUUCGCUUAAUGAUGCAACAACGUUACCAGUUAGUGCUCGAUCUGUUUCAUUUAAAGAACCUCUCGUUCAUGAACUAUACGAUCCAUCGUCAUCAAAAUCUCAACAAACAACUACUGUCAUAAAUAAUAAUAAUUAUUCUGUAUUGGAUAAAAUUGUCAUUCCACCGCCUGAAGAAUACCAACACAAUUUUAAUGACCUUGAAAAACGUAAUCAACUAUUGACUCAUGAAAAUCAACAAUUACGAGUUCUUAAUCGAAAUCUACAAACACAACAAGAAGAAUUACUCAAUCGUUUACAAUCAUCACAAAAACUAUCGAAACGAGAAUUAAGUGACCUAUUAGAACGAGUUGGACGUGAUCAAACAAAAGAGCUCGGAAGUUUAAAUAAAACAUUACAAAAUCGAUGUGAUCAAUUGGAAAAUGAAUUGCUUUCAUUGAGAGAACGCUAUGCACAAGAUCAAGGUCAACCAAGUGGACGGCAACUUAAAGAUGAAAAUUAUCAACUCAAGGAUCAUGUUCUUCGUUUAAACGCUUGUCUAAGCGAAUAUCAAGCAAUGUAUCCAUCUGACGCAUUAAAAAAUGAUAUGCGUAAACAACAAUCAAAACUUAAAAGUCUACCAUCGAAAGGACCAUCGCCAAUUUGGCUUUUGAACCAAAAAUUUCUCGCUCCAUUAUUCGUUUGCUACGAUGAAAAACUACACGAGAGAGAAGAAUUUAUUCGAAAACUUCAAGCUCAACUUGGUGAAUUAUAUGAUCAAGUUAAAGCAAUAACCAACGAAAAUAUAUCAUUGCAUGAACGUAUUGUUCGUACAUCAUCAUCAUCGUCAUCGCCAGUAAUUCAAAAGUCUGCAAAUAUAAAUGAUUUCGAAAAUAUCAAACGACAAGCUUAUCUUGUUUUAGAAGAAAAUAAAGUUCUUCAAGAGCAACUUAAUUUACAAACAAAUAAAUUAACUGAUGUACAUAAAGUGCAAAUACAAGAAGUAUCGGAUUUAACUCGACGCUUAAUGGUUAUUGAAAGUGAAAAAACCGAAGCCGAUCGAUUAGUUCAAACUAUGCGAAUAAGAAAUGAAGAACUAAGAAAAAAAUAUGAACAAUCCAUUAUUGAUAACGAUCAUCAAAUACAUGUCGAAGAUCAUGUUAGAGAAAUUACUGAAAUGAAACGAAUAGCAGAUGAAUUAAUAAAAAGGCAUGCGGGUGAAAUGGAACUUCUUCUUCGUCGAGUACAGGAAUCUGAAGCUGCUAAGCGAAUAGCACAAAUACAAUUAAACGAAACUCGCAAUAGUAUAGAACGCGUGAAAGGUGAAAUAACGGCAACGAAAAAAAUCAAUCGAAAAUUACUACUUCGUGUACAAACAUAUGAAAAAAAACUUGAAUUACAACAAAUCAAAGAACAACGAACAACAGCCAUGCUGGAUAAAUCGAUGGAAGAAAUUGAAAGAUAUAAAUUAGAACAAGAAAAUCAUCUCACAUUAGCUAAAACUAAAGAACAAGAAGUCAAUCAAACAAAUUUACGAAUGCACGAAGAAACUAAGAAAAUUUCAGAGCUUGAAAAUCGUCUUGAAAUUUAUAAAAUUAAAAAUAAAGAACGUAUGAAUGAAGUACAAGACCAAAUGAAAAGUCAAAAUGAAAACUUGAAAGUACGUUGUUCCGAACAUGAACAACGCAUUCAACAGUUGAUGAGUUUAUUAAACGAAAAACAAGUGACUAUCGAUGAUUUAAAUGCAGAAAGACGCAAUCUUGAAGUAGACAUUGAAACUAUCUGGCGCACGACUAAUGCUGAUAAUAAACGCAUGCGAGAGCAAUUGCUCGACAUGCAUGCGCUGAGUUAG